ACAAAUUGGAACUUGGAGCAUGCACAAUGGUUGCCUCUUUGGAACCAACAACUUCAAUAUGUUUGUGAUGCUCCGAUCAAUCGUGAACCACUUCGAUAUGACGACCCUUACCUUAUUUGGUUUAGACGCAUUACUCGUCUUGUUAUUGGUAAUCCUACUCAGCGUCCUCAACAACAAGAAGGUUAUGUGCCCAAUUCAACGGCAUAUGAAACAAUGGUGCGUCAUAUUCAUUCCAUGGUUGAUAGAGCAAAAGCCCUUGGUGAUCAGCCAUCAAUGGAGGAUUUAUACAUAUUUCGUGCAAUGGUUCGAAAUGAAGGAGAAAAGUGCUUGACAUACGUGCACGAGGAUGCUAGGAUUAAUGUACAAGCCGAUUAUAGAAGAGAUGAGGUACAUGAUGAUCAUUUACAUCAUCUGGUUCGUAGGCGAGGAAAAGGUGGUGUUGCCGGUAGGAGGGCUCGUGCUGUUGAGAAAGAACGAGCGCUUAUUGAAAUGGAUGAAUCAGUCUCCGAAGAUGAUCACACAACUUGUGAUUUUGGUUCCAUUUCAAGGGGACAAACUCAAGAAUUCACUCCCGGGGCAUCAGGGAGUCACUAUCUUUACCAGCAUGGCAAAAAAAAACAAGAAAUGAGAAACAAAGAACUGUAGUUAAAAGGUUUCAGGGAGCAUAACAAAUCUCCACACAUCUGAGAUGAGGUGCCAAUGGUUAGCACAUUUUCUUGAUGGAACAUUGAAGUUGCCAAGCAUAAAAGAGAUGGAAAGUGAUAUACAAGAGUGGGAAGAAUACAUGAAAACAUAUGCUGGAAAAGAGUACAAAAGGACUUGUAUUGCAGCCCUACACAUAUGGUACAAUGAUCAAUUGUGCAAAGACAUUGGGUGCAAAAAUAAAAGAAAGAAGACUACGUUUCCUACUUGCAAUCAGGUUAUGUUAGGCUAAGUCCUAAUAAUUAGUCCUAUUAAGUAUUUCCUAUAUUUUUGUUGCGACGACAAAAAGUUAUUAGUAAGUCGUUUUUCAUUGUUUGGUUAUCGGAAGUAUUUAAGAUAUUUUGAUGUGA